UCAACCCCAAUUGCACAACUAUUGGUCAAAAUAUGUUGCCAUGGUUUUAAUUAAAUAUAUACAUACUUUAAAAUAAAAUUAGAGCAUUUAACAACGUCAGUGAUAAAUAAAAUAAUUAAAAGAAAAUAAUGCCUUUAUUUAAUAAAAAAUUCGAAUCAAAACCUAUUCCACCGCGUAUAUCUAGAAAUAAUAAUUCAUGUCCUAUGGUCAACGAAGAAUUAGACGAUUACAAGCAAAUUAUUCUAAAUUUGGGUAAUAAGGAAUUACGCUUCGCUGAUGGUAUUUGGAUUUAUGCUGCCCGCAAGGGAGAUGUUGAUGAUGUUGUUCGUUUAAAUCGUCGCUUAAAGGCUUUGGAGGAGGAGAACAAUAUGUGUGAUUUGAAAAUUGAAGUGUUGCUUGAUCUUCUUGCUGAACAUGCUACAGAGUUAAAUUCUUUAAAGAAAAUUAAUUAAAUAUUGAAAAAAUGUGAA